AUGGCGGACGCCAAUCAUGCUGGCCGAAGGCGCCGCUCCAGCUCCCUGAUAUACAAAGAGCCCCCAGAGACGAUCGAGCAGCGCUCCGACCAGGCUGCAUUGCCGAACUUGAACGCGAGCUGGGUCAACAGCAAAGGUGCUUGGGGAAUUCACGUGGUGCUCAUUAUCGGGCUCAAGAUAUUCUAUGAUACAAUGCCGGGAGUGUCUCAGGAGACUAGCUGGACACUAACGAACAUUUCUUACAUGUUUGGCUCUUAUCUCAUGUUCCAUUGGGUCCAGGGAAUACCAUUCGAGUUCAACGCAGGGGCUUAUGACAACCUGAAUAUGUGGGAGCAGAUCGACAACGGGGACCAAUACACGCCUACCAAGAAGUUUCUCUUGACAGUUCCAGUAGUACUAUUUCUUAUGAGCACGCAUUACACACAUUACGACCUCACGUAUUUCACAAUCAACUGCCUCGCCGUGCUAGCCGUCGUUAUUCCUAAACUACCUUCGAGCCAUCGUAUGAGAGUAGCUCUUUUUACUGUUCCAGAAGAGGAGUAG